UCCCCAGGGAAGGAGCAGUGUCAUUAACAUCUUCUGACUGAUAAUUCUGUCCUGAAAUGUGGUGAGAGUAAGGGAAGACUGGGGCGCUGCUCUCUGGCCCGUGAUAAAGCCAUUCCUGUCAACGAAGGGUACAACUGGAUAAAAGGCUUUCCCUUUCUGAGCCUCAGUUUCUCUUUCCUGUGAAACAGGUGUGAGGGGGUCCUGGCUUAGGCCUCCCACAGUUCACCUCGCCUGGAUGGCUCUUGAAAAGGAGUUUCCAGGCCCAAGUUCCAUCUUCGCAGUUUCCACCUCUCUGGGAAAUUGCAGUGCCCCUCAGUAGACUAUGCCUUUAAGGUUGGGCGGGGCCUGUUGGACACUGGCGGGAGAGGAAGCACUGAAGCGGGCCACCAGAGUCCUUGAGGUAGUUAGUGACUAUCCAAGGACUAGGAGACGGUGGGUGGGUGGCUUGCCAGUGGGAUCCCCAGCUGCUGGGCGGGGCAACAAGGAGGGAAGGAACAACCUCACUGAGCCCUGGGCUCAACCUUACCGUGGACGAAAGCAGGGACGAAAGCACGGAGCCGGUGAAGGGCCAAGGGUGCAGCUGUGGAAAGCUGCCAGAACUUUCCCAGAUGCUCGCGUAUACAAAUCUCAGCCACCAGGUCUUCUAGUGCGCUGAGCUCUUCCCUAGACCAGCCUGAUGGCUGCAUGCGAGACAUGCGACCGAGGCCGGGCGGCCUCCACCGUGCGUUACUGCAUGACAGUCGGUGGCACAGUGGUCCUGGUGGUUGGGACACUCUGCUUUGCAUCGUGGAGCGAAGGCAAUGCUGCUGUCCAGCCUGGCUCACUGCCCCCCACCGUGAAAUCGUCAUCGCCCGAGAUGCCCGUGACUUGGCUCAAGUCUGUCAUGUUCCUCUGCUGCAGCAUGGGUGGUAUGCUUCUGUGCUUUGGCCUGCUUUGGUCCAUCCAGGAAAGGACAAAGAAGUCAAGCCAGGGGGACCUCUACCGACUCUCCAGAGACCUGUAUCACCUUGCUGUGGAGUCCCCUGAGAAGGAGAACUACAGGCCUCCAAAGGAGGUUAUCAUUCCCACUCACGAGGAGACCAUGUACUGCCCACUGACUGAGGGUCCCCUGCAAUUCCCAGUGCAACCUAAAGAAGACCUCCAGUACCAUGCCCCAGAGGAUGCCCGGCUGGAGUCAACAUCCCUCUCACCCCCACCCAGCUACGAGAGCAUCAUCCAUGCUCAGGGGCCUGUUUUUGGAUCAAGCGCUGCAAGCUCCAGCCCUGGUUGAGCUCAGGCUGCAGGAGAGUUAAAGGUCUCCAACAAGGUUGUGAAACUGGCCCUUAACCAGCGAGCUGUGCUCGGGGUCUCCACCAGUACUGGUUCACAGCAGGCAUUCAACAAGAGGUCUAUUGCUGGGUGCUGUUCAUGCAUCUGUUGCUGUGUGAGCAUUAGUUGGCUUUAAAUAAACCUCCCUUUAUUAUGUCU